AUGGAUAGUCGGGAAAGCAGCAGCCAGACGCCCUCGGGUCCGAGUCAGCCCAGCACCGGCGACACGCCGCAGGCGACGGCAUCCAACGCCGGCCUCCCUCCCGUCAGUCAUGGCGCCGCCGGCUCGACGGCGGGGGCCAACGCGAACCAAAGCUCCAAGCGGAGACGGGGCCUCGGUGUCGUCACGCCCAAUGCCUGCACCGAAUGUCGCAAGAAGCGAGCAAAGGUACCAUCUCGCCGCCGUGGCAACGUUGGCCGAGACGCCGAAUGCGUCUACGAGAUCCCCGUGCGGCAAUCCAAGGAGAAUCUUCGAAGCGAAAUCGAAAACCUGCGGCAGCGUCAGCGCUCCAGCGACGUCGUCUUCAGGGCCCUCGUCCGGCCCGAGCUGUGGGAGGAGGCCCUGAGACGGCUGCGUGGUGGCCAGACCAUCGACGACAUAUCCGAAUGGGCCGGCGGCGCCCUGGCGUCCAACCGUCGAUCCCUGCCUCCGCCCGUGCAGCCGGCCGAUCUCGAAAUCGGCCAGAUGACGCACUUCGGCGGCCCGUCGCUCGGCCCUACCCUGGCCCCCAUACGCCUCGUCCUCGACGGCCACCAGGCUGGCCCUCGGGGCGACAUGGGUCAGAGCAGCCUGUGGCAUUACUCGACGCACGGCCAGGCCGACGUGGGCCGGAGGCACUCUCACGCCGACGCCAUGAGCUGGGUGCCCGACGUCCGGCCGCCGCAGGCGAGGGUCGGGUCGUGGGACGACGGCAUGCAGACCGACGACGUGUCCGAGGCCCUGCCCAGGCUCCGCGGGCUCGAGCAGGUCCUGUCCCCCCUGAACGAGCCGGAGAUGAGGCGGUCGGCCGAGACGUGGACGACCAUCACCGGCGACGUCAACCUCGUCCAGCACCUGCUCGCCCUGUACUUUUGCUGGGAGUACCCGACCUUUGCCUCCCUCAGCAAAGAGCACUUUCUCCGCGACUUCCAGGACGUCCGGCACAGGUACUGCUCGCCGAUCUUGGUCAACGCGCUGCUCGCCCUCGGCUGCCGCUUCUCGACCCAGCCGAGGACGAGGGCGAACCCGGAUGAUGCCAACUCCUCGGGCGACCAUUUCUUCAAGGAAUCCCAACGUCUGCUUUACCAGGAGACGGACCAUCACUCCCUGACCACGAUCCAGGCGCUCGGCAUCAUGUCCAUCCGAGAGGCGAGCUGCGGUCGCGACUCGGAGAGCUGGUACUACGCCGGCCAGAGCAUACGGUUGGCCGUCGAGAUGGGCCUGCACCGCAUCCACGGGGACGUUGACGAGGACGAGCUGGCGGUGCAGUCGGCCACCUUCUGGGGCGCCUUUGCCCUGGAUCACGCCUGGUCGCUGGCAACGGGCUCGCUGCCGCAAAGCUCCCGCUUCCCGCAUCUGCCGCCCAAGCCGGCAAUAAUAGGGAGCAUCGAGGCAUCGAGGUGGGUUCCCUACACGGACGACGGAGCGCCCCUGCACCGAUCGUGCGAGCAGCCGUCCAACGUUCGGUCCGUCUACAAGUGCUUCUGCGAGCUGAGCGAGCUCGUUCACGAGUCCCUCUACCUCCUCCAUUCGCCCGGGAAACUCCUGACGGCGCGCGACCUGCUGAGCAUCUACACGCAAUACCUGAACUGGUACGAUAGCAUCCCCGAGGUGCUGCGGCUCGGCCACAACUUCACGCCCGCCGUCCUGUUCGCGCACAUGUACUAUCACUUUGCCAUCCUGCUCCUCUUCCGGCCGCUCAUCAAGCUUCGCAUCAUCGGCUCCAAGGUGGCGCCUCGCGACGUCUGCUCGCAGGCGGCCGCCGCCAUACAGGGGGUCCUCACCUCGUACUCGCAGCUCUACACGCUGCAGCACACGCCGUCCUUUGUGCCGUACUUUGUCCUCACCUCGUCCAUCAUGCUCCUGGCCGUCGGUGCCUCGUCGGCGCCGUCCAAGCCGGGCGAGGGGAAGAUGAAGACGGCCGCCAAGCUCGAUCCGCAAGUGUCGGAGGCGCUGAAGCAAGGCAUCGCCGACCUCACGGAAAUGGCGCCGUGCCACCGGUUCGCGGAGCAGGCGCUCAACAUCCUGCGCUACCUGGCCAGGAAGUGGAACGUCGACGUCGACAUCGACACGGGCACGACGCUGAACCCCGAAGAGUACGACCGGCUGGUGAGGCCUUACACGAGCAGCCUGAACUUUUACACCCCUCACAUGGACGUCGAGGACUUUAUCUGCACCUGGGGCGCGGGCGAGGAGGCGCGGGAGCUCGGCGGCAAGAUGGACAGGUCACCGACGAGCAGCAAGGUGGCGGCAAGCGUCGAGAACCCGCUGUUCUGGCCGUUUCCCAUGCAAGGAAGGCCCAUGCUCCCGACCGGAAAGGAGCUGGAGGAGGCGGGCUUUGCGAUACUGCGAGAGACGACGAUGAGGCGAGAUGAGACGACGACGAGGCGAGAGAAGACGACGACGAGGCGAGAGAAGACGACGACGAGGCGAGAGAAGACGACGAUGAGGCGAGAGAAGGCGACGGGCGAGACGACGAUGGGUCCAUCGGAGUAUCAAUGGCGAAUGCGAAUGAUUCACGUGCACUCCCAAGGCAAGGCUGCCGUCGACAUGAGCAACCUGACGUUGGGCUUGCGCGCCCAUGUCUCUACCUGCGAAGAGAUGCAUCUCAUCUCUUCCUGCAUCUCAGCAUGGAAAAACUUGCUUGAGCCUGGGCACGACCGCUAG